UAUUUUUAGGCCUGUUAUUCUGGGGCCUGUCCUGGCAGGCCACUGGGAGAGUAUAUAAGCCUGCCCCCUGCAAGUGGGGACCACUGAGAACACACAGUGGAAACAUCUCUGCCCGACACUCCGGCGAACAUCCAGCAGACAUUUGAAAUCCUCCCGGGGGUAAGUGAAAGCCUCGGCGACUCUUAGGGAUGUAGCGGCGGUCAAAGGCAAAGGGACUGGCUUCAUCCUUGUGAACGUUAAUCUGAUGAAUUUGGGGAGUUACUGGAGGAAAUGUGAGCGAUGCAGGAAGUUGCACUCUAGGAAGGUCGGAGGUCAGGGUCAGCUGCAGCACGGUGCCCACAGAGCUGAUAGGACUUAGUGGUCUGCUGAAGGACACUUGAUCUGGGUGAAUACUUGCCAACACAGGACUUCAGCCUGGGGGGUGAAGGACGAUGAGCGUCUCCCGCUGUGCCAACCUGCCGUGCCACGCCGCAGUUUUUCAACAGUGCUCCUGAGUUUCAGACAAGAAUUUGUUUACACAUGUUGCUUAUGUUGUAAAGACAUGCUGAAUAUGAUUAUCAGGCUGCGAGUUCAUCACACACACAGUAAAGUCAUAAGGUCAUACUAAUCUGGUGGAGGCUUUGACUUUCUUUGCCGUGACAGUGACUAAUGAUUCCAACCUUUGCGUUCAUGAUGGUCAUGAAUAGACAUGAUAUAAUUGCCAAUUCAUCACUGUCUUACACUGAAUGUACUGCACGAAAUCUACUUUCUGCUUCACUCAGUGCAUUAGUGCUGUGGUUCUUUUGUGACGGGAUGGCACAGCAGCAACGUGUCUCAUUUUAAGCCACUGAACAAAGCGGCAAAGCCGUACCUGCUCGCAGGAUUAUGCUAAAAAUAGCAGAAAGAAAGAAGAUACUGUCUUUUGAAUCGUAUGUCUUUUCUCUGGUUAGGAAUGCCAUGCUUCCAGCAUAAUGUCGGCUGAAGUUGCAAUCCAGAAGUUCUCCUUCCCCUUCUCUGCGGCGGCGCGCCUUGCUCCACAAGAUGAGGUGACCCAGAAAGGAUGCGUGCUGGUGAAGGCCCUGGAGCUUCGUGGCCUCCGGGAGAGUCCAGUGUUAAGCAAACUGAGCCCAGUGCUUAAAAAAAGUCAGGCUCCGGAGUGUCCAGGGCCUUCUCCUGGGGCAGAAAUGGCAGCUGUCCAGGUCCUGGCCUCCCAGAGCGCUGUGCUCUCCGGGCGAAGUGUGUUUGAGAAACUGAUUGUGGAGGGCGAGGAUCAACGCCCUGCGGCCAAGAGGCAACUGUCGUGCGAGAGCGCGGCCAGGACCAUCAGCGUGGUGAAGAAGAGUGCAGUGAGAAAGGAGGCAGAAGAACAGAGAUGCCUGAAACCGAGAGCACACCUGGGACAGAAGGCGGCGCCGCCGCCGCCGCCGGUCGCGGCAACAGGGAGGAGGAAGCGUCGAAAGGACCUUUUCACCAACUCUGACGUCUUCCACAGGCUCGAUGCACAUGUCAUCAGGGCAGGAGCGGAGUUGAAGGAGAAGUGUGUGCAUGAUGUGAAGACAAUCGUACAGCGAAUCACACAAGGAUCUAGAAAUGAGCUGGACAGGCUUCGUGCCAUCUGGGUCUGGCUGUGCAACAACAUCGAGUACGACGUGAGCGGUUACCUCGGCCGCUCGGAGAAGUUGAGCUCCCCAGAGGAGGUGAUAGCGGCCGGUCGGGGUGUUUGCUGUGGCUACUCCAACCUCUGCACAGAGAUGUGCAGGGAGGUGGAUAUCGAGUGCCAAGAGGUGCCGGGCCACAGUAAGGGCAUCGGGUACCGUCAGGGCCAGAGCCUCAAGAAUGUGAGAUCGGAUCACCUGUGGAACACUGUGCUUCUAGGAGGACAGUGGUUCCUGUUGGACGCCUGUUGGGGAGCGGGACGAGUGGACGUGGAACACGAAAGCUUCGUCAAAAGGUUCGAUGAUUUCUAUUUCCUCGCGGACCCAGAGGAGUUCAUCGACUCGCACUUCCCCGAUGAGGAGAAAUGGCAGCUCCUGGAGACGCCCAUACCCCUGGAGGAGUUUGAGAGGAGGGUCUUCAAGACCUCAGCCUUCUUCACCAUGGGGCUCAGGCUGAUUCAGCCCCAUCACUUUCACAUUGUCACAGAUGAAGGUGAGGCGAAUGUUUCCCUCGGCUUCUCCAGACCUACCACGUUCACCUAUGAGAUCACGCAGCACCAGGAUCUCCUCCACUGCGGAACCUCAGAGCAGAAAGACUCCAGCAACUCUUCAUUCGGCCUCAUGACCGUCAACCAUCGCAGCAUGAAGCUGCAGCUCCUGCCUCCUGCAAGCGGCACGUAUGACGUCAAGGUGUUCGCCAGGCCCGAGGCAGCCGUCACGCCUCUGACCUGGGUCUGCUCCUUCGCAGUCGAGUGUCAGACGCCCCGGGCCAUGGAGGAGAUCCCAGAGAACCCUUUUUUGUCUUGGGGCCUGCAGCCUGCUGCCGGAUCUCUGGGCAUCACCGGCAGCAGCCAGGGCAGCGAGGUCGCUGAGGUGGAAGGUGUCUUUGAGUUAGUGUUGAAGACAUCCAGGCCCCUCAUGUUGCUGUGUGAACUGGUUCACCCAGAGCUGGAGGCCGCUGUAGCCAAGCGCUGCCUGGCUACUCAGAUUCAACCGGAUGCUCUGACCUGCCACGUCCUGUGCCCCUUACGCGGCUUCUACCGCCUGUCAGUGUUUGUGCGCGACUACGAGAAAACAGAAGUGAAGUUCCAGAACGCUGCAAACAUCCUUUUACACAGCAAAGGGAAGGGGGUCGAACCGGAUGAGCUCUUCCCUCCCAACCUGGGCUCGGUCUGUGGUCCCGGGACCCGCACGUCGGAGGCGGGCCUGUCCAAAUUCAGCCAUACGAUGGCGUUGGUGAGCACGCAGCAAGGCAAGUGUAACAUCACCUUUCACAAUCAGCGGGACCUUGAGCUUCACACUGUGCUCAGCAGGGAGGAGAAGAAAGCCGCAGCUCUUCCGCUCUCACGCCACCUCUUCUGCACGUACACAGACAGCAAGGUGACGGUGAGCGUCAGCCUACCUGAUGCUGGCGUGUACCGGCUGGGCCUGUACGCCAAGACGGCCCCCGGCGGAGACUUCAACCCCAUGUGUGACUUUGUUCUGAGGAACAGCUGCGAUCAGCCGGGGCCUCCGUUCCCCUGCGUCUACUCAGCCUGGAGGAAAGGCUGCGUGCUCUUUGAGCCUCGCGUGGGCCUGCUGGAGCCCCUCUCCUGGGUCCGCUUCAGGGUGAGGGUCCCUGGGGCCCACAGGGUGAGCGUGGUGGGAGAGACGCGAACUGAUCUGAAGCUGAACAAGAGCAGAGUCUGGGAGGGUGAGGUUUCCAGCGGGAACGGCCUCCAACAACUGAAACUGGCCGCCUCCUUGGGGGAGUCCAGUGACAUGGCUGUUUUGAUGACCUUUGAUAUUAAGCAGUUGGGGGGAGAAGUGUGAAAUAAAAAGGGGACGGCGGAUCCCAGAUGGACGGUUCUCUGAAUAUAGCUGUUCACUGCCUCACGAAGUUACUGAUAUGGACAGAUGCAAAAUCAGACUGGGGUCGGAAAUAGUUCAAACUGUGAUCCAUAAUCUUUCAGGUGUAGGAGAGCCAUGUUACUGCCAGUCAUAAUGUGUAUAGAUACUAAUUUUAAAUUUUGUGAAUGUGUGAAGCCUUGUAGCGAUGAAGUGAUACAGAUGCGAUACCAAACUUACGUGGCAUUUCCUGGGAUCUUUUGAAAGCUUUUAUUUGAUCCAGGUAGAAUACAUUAUAAUGAAUAUCUUUUUUUUUCAAGAGUUAACUGUGGUGCUCAGCUGUGGUGCUAACACAUGAUUUGAUACUGACAGGAAGUGCAUUUGUGACUUAUUAUAAUGUUAUAAGCAAUAAAUAUGCAUGUGCAUAUGAAACGAUGUUGUUGGCGUGCAAUAAAGAAAUACUUGAAAAAUA